AUGAACAUUUCAGCAUUACUUGCUGCUCAUAGAAGAAAAAUGCGGAAGAUUUAUCUUGAUAAUAGGCGAACAAAGUCAAAUAAAAGAAGAAGUGCACCAAGUGGUAGAGGAUCCUCUAAAAUUGUUAACAACUCCCAGUUAAUCGACGAAGAAAAUUAUAAUCCGAAUCUUCCUUCUUCAUCUAAUAGUUUUCAGAGAGUGCGUAACUUUACAUCUUUAACAACGACAACACCCUUAAGUGGCAUAACAACUGGUGCUAUUACUUUUAAUAACCAAUUAACCCAUACGCCUAGCAGUUCUCAGUUUUCUAUUGUUUCAAACAUUGUUACACAAAACAGUAACAACAUUCUUCGAUCUUCGUCUAUGUUGACUAAGCUUAAAUCUGGUAAACAAAAGGUUUUACCUAAGAAACGUAUUAUCGAACCUAUUCCAAUGGUAGAUCUUACUUCUGAUGACGACAAUGAAAAUUUACAUUCCAUUGACGACCCUUAUAAAGGUGUAUCCACAGAUUAUUUGGAUCAUGGUAAUCAAAUCCUUAGAUGUGAGAUGUGUCAUUCAUUAUUAUGGUCUGAUGAAGGUGGUAAAGGUAGAAUUACAUUGGGUAAGUUAACUUAUAGUUUAUGUUGUGGUUAUGGCAAAGUGGAGCUUCCAGAUUUGAAAGAACCUACUUCAGUAUACAAGGAUCUAUUUGGAAAUUCUAAUGAAAAAAGUAAGUACUUUUUAAAGAAUAUCCGUCGAUACAAUUCUAUGUUCUCCUUCACAUCAAUGGGUGGAAAGGUAGAUUCGAGUAUCAACAGUGGUAAGGCACCAUAUGUAUUUCGUAUAAGUGGACAGAAUUUCCACACAUUAGGUGGUUUGGUACCUGCACCUGGGAAAGAUCCAAAGUUCUCCCAACUUUAUAUUUACGAUACUGAUAAUGAAGUUUCAAAUCGGAAAAGGUUGUUCAGUGAAUCUACAAAUAAGUCGGAUUCUCAUUUAAAGCAGUUAGAUAUUCAGCUCAUUAAGUUUUUAAAAGACUUCCUGGAUCAUAAUAAUGAGUUGGUUAAAAGUUAUAGAAUUGCAAGAAACCACUUCAGUGAGAAUCCUAAUGAAAAUUUCAAGCUUCGUCUCAUUUACAAAAGAGAUCUUGACGGUCGUACUUACAACUUGCCCUCAACUUCAGAAGUUGCUGCAUUGAUAGUUGGUGAUCUACAUAAAAUAAUUGAUCAUCGUGAUAUUGUUGUUGAGUCUCACACUGAAGGUCUUCAACGAAUCAGUGAACUUCAUCCAUCAUAUCUAGCACUUCAGUAUCCAAUCCUUUUUCCUAAUGGUGAUGAUGGAUAUAGAAUAGACAUUCCUCAUAGGGAUGGUAUACGUACGUUAAAGAAAAUUCGACCCAAGUGUACAAUGAGAGAAUUCUUUGCUUAUAGAAUUCAAGAUCGAUCAUCUGCCUUUUCUAUAAUUUUAAAUGCUCGGAGAUUGUUUCAACAAUUUUUGGUAGAUGCAUAUACCAUGAUUGAGAGUGAAAGGCUUAAUUAUAUUCGUUUUCAACAGAAACAUCUUAGGUCUGAAACAUAUUCAAAUCUUCAAAACUUGAAAAACGAAGGAAAAGAUGAUCUAUCAAAUACUGGUAUACGUGUUUUAUUACCAUCUUCUUUUACCGGUGGAUCUCGCUAUAUGCAACAAAACUAUUUAGAUGCUAUGGCUAUAUGUAAAUGGUUUGGAUAUCCCGAUUUUUUUAUUACCGUUACAUGUAAUCCGAAGUGGCCAGAGAUUAAACGAUACUUGAGAAAUACUUCAAUUAAGCCUGAAGACAGGCCAGACAUUUUGUGUAGAUUGUUUAAAAUAAAGCUCGAUUCACUUACAAAGGAUCUGAAGGACAAAAAAGUAUUUGGAGAAUUAAGUGCAUCCGUUUAUACUGUGGAAUUUCAAAAACGUGGAUUGCCUCAUGCUCACAUUUGCAUUUUUUUGAAACCGGAAUCCAAAAUUUUGUCCGCUGAUCAUCUUGACAAAUUCAUUUCUGCUGAGAUACCUGAUAAGAGAGAAGAUCCAAGCCUAUAUGCACUUAUGACUGAUUUCAUGAUUCAUGGUCCAUGUGGAAAUGCAAAUCCGAGUUGUCCUUGUAUGGUUGAUAGUAGAUGUUCAAAAAACUAUCCGAAAAAAUUCAACCCUGAGACCACCACUGAUGCUGACGGUUUCCCUGUAUAUAGAAGAAGAGACAAUAGAAACACUGUUAUAAAGUCCAACGUUCAAUUAGACAACAGAAGUGUUGUUCCUUAUAGUCCGGUUCUUUUGAAAAGAUACCAAGCUCACAUUAAUGUUGAAUGGUGCAAUCAAGCUGGUUCUAUUAAAUAUUUGUUCAAGUACAUUAAUAAAGGCGCAGAUAGAGCUUCUCUUGUAGUGUCAAACCGAGACGGUACAGAAAAUGAACAAACAACAAAGGAUGAGAUCAAAGCGUAUUAUGAUUGUAGGUACGUUUCAGCAUGUGAAGCUUCUUGGAGGAUAUUUGCAAAUGAGGUUCACUUUAGGUUUCCUCCAGUUAUGAGACUUCCUUUUCAUCUUGAAGGUCAACAAAAUGUUGUAUUUGGAGCCGAGGACGAUAUACAAGAAGUUUUGGAUAAGCCAUCAGUUUCUUCUUCGAUUUUUCUAAAGUGGUUUGAGAUGAACAGAAAUAAUGAAGAUGCACGGAGACUUACCUAUGUUGAGUUUCCUACUAAAUUAUGUUGGAAGUUAACAGAUAGAGUAUGGAAACCCCGUAAAAGAAAGCUGUUACAGAUCGGACGGAUUCAUUCUGUUUCCCCUGCUGUGGGUGAACCGUAUUUUCUUAGAAUUCUCCUAAACAAAGUCAAAGGACCCAAAUCGUUUGAAGAGAUUAGAACUGUUGAUGGUCAGGUGUUUCCAACUUUCAGGGACGCGUGUUAUGCUAUGGGUUUGUUAGAUGACGACAUGGAGUACAUUGAAGCAAUUAAGGAAGCCAAUUUUGCGGGUGAUGGUCGUUAUACUCGUGCACUUUUUGUUACUUUGUUGUUGUCAAACACAUUGUCAAGACCUGAAUAUGUAUUUGAACAAACAUGGAAAUUAUUGGGCGAUGACAUCUUAUACAAUAGAAGAAGAUCAACAAAAAACAAAGAACUUGUAAUGUCUGAUGAGAGGUUGAAGAAUCAGACAUUGGUUGAGAUUGAAAAGUAUCUAAUUCGAAAUGGUUCCUCUUUGACACGAUGGCCGACAAUUCCUUAUCCUGAUUACGAUUCCUUUGCUGUUGGAAACAAUCGUUUGGUUGACGAAUAA